AUGGCGCCCAAGAAUGCUCGGGCCGCUCCCUCGUCGUCUUGGUACGAGCCGACGCUCGAUGCGCUGAGCAUUUCGGACAAGAACCUAGCCAUCGUGCUCCUGAUGAUGGCGGAGGGUGACGAGAAGAGGAAGACUGAGCUCCGGGCUGGCUCCGCCGAGCUGGAGGCCUCCGGCGGCACCUUCUACCGCUUCUUCAUGAGCAGCAUCGUCGCCGGGUUAGUUCCCCCUUUCUCCGACUUCUUCUACUCUGUUCUCUGCCAUUACAAGAUCCACACCCUCCAUCUUCGCGCGCAUCGCCCCUUGUGGAAGCUUGGAGACGAAGGGGACGACCUCUGCCUGCGCCCGGUGGCCCUUUCUGAUGAGGAGUUGCGCUCGGCCCUCCGCUCCUUGGUUGGGAACGAUCAAGGGUACCCGCCGGACUCCUUCGUUCCCUUGUUCCGCCACUCAAAUGGGGCGGAGGCUGCCGCCGUCAUGCCCGUCUUCGACGGGCGUGGGCUUGUGCCGCCCGCGCCUUCGAAUGUCCUGGUGACGAUGACUCAAGUGGACGUGUCUUCCGACGAGUCUCGCAAGGAGGAGGAGGAGGAGCGCGACUCGAAGGCGACCCGCAAAGGGGCGGGGGAGACCUCCCCCUUGCGCAAGGCCGACAUCCUCCGCACCCUGCCUGAUGAUGAUGACAAGGCCGAUGUCCCCCUGGAGAGGGGGGAGCCACCCGUGGCGGGGGAAUCCAUGAGGUCCAAGGUCAGUCCCCGGAGGAGGUCACCGGCCAAGGUUCCGACGAGGGGUAGGUCGGGGCUGAUCUCCCGAGACGGCGCCCCUGCUCUGACGCUGCCUGGAGCUGCUUCCGGCCCAUCUCCUGCCCCCUCUUCUGCUCCUGGAGUCCGCGCGCCCGCGCCUCAGGCUGUGAGGCUCUCUGGUUUCAAGCUUAGGAAGCGGAGAGACUACGCCGCGGUGGACCAGUCGACGCCCGCGACAAAGAAGAGGAAGGAGGAAACAGUGGUACUUCUCGGGACCAAAUCGCCUGCGGCGGUUGCACCCCCCUCCGUGGGGAAGGGCGGUGAUGGCGCUCGCGCUUCCCCGGCCCGAUUGUCCUCGCAAGGCUUGGGGGAGCGUCCUCUAGAGGAGGCAGCCCCCGUAGCCCCGCUAGCUCCGGAGGUGCCAAUGUCCGGUCCGGUUGCUGUUGUCCCCAAAGCUCAGGAGCUCCCAGCCUCCCGGGCCAUGGUGACGAUGUUGCCUCCUCCUCCUCCCGCUGCACUGCUGACCCCGGAUCCUUCCGCCUCCCCUGACAUCCUGGAGCAUGCUCUUUCUGCGCUGACCCUGCUACGUGAGGAUCUUCAAGGCACCGACCGCCGCCUGGUGGCCGGGUGCCUGGAGCUGAUCUCUGGCUGGCUUCACUCCGAUGUGUCCGUCCGGGCGGCGCUAAGUCAGCCUGCGGCGGCCUCUGAGAAGGACAAGCAGGCUGUCGCCCAAGCUGCGGCUGCCCGCGAGGUGGCGCUGAAGGAUGCCGGGGCCGCCCAGGAUCGGUGCCGGUCGCUGGAGGCUGAGCUGGAGACCAUGCGCAAUGAGCAUGCGGACGAAGCUCGAGGCCACAAGGCGGAGGAGGAGAAGAUGAAGGCCCGAGAGGACGCCGUCAGGGGCCGCGACGCCGAGCUAGAACAGUUGGCGAAGGCGCAGGCUGCGGAGCGCACCCAGCUGGAGAAGCUAGAGCGGAAGAUGAAGGCAGAGAAGGCCGAGCUGGAAGCCAAGGCGAAGGUCCUGGCCGAGGACCGCGUGGCCUUCAAGUCCCUUGAGGAGAGGUCCCGCGUGGCGCUGCGGGCACUCUACGAGAAGGGCUUGGAGGAGCCGCUGGCUACAGAUGACGAGGGCCCCACCCAGCUGCUUCCUCAUCUAGUCGUGGUGCUUGAGGAUGUCGUGGGCGGGAUCAGCCCCUUGGAGAAGGGAGAAGCCCGCACGCUUUCCUCGGCCGCGCUGGCGCGCGUCUUCAGCCACCUCCAUCGUUGCGACCCUGACGCCAACCUUGACGAGCUGCUGGAGCCUGUGGAUGAUGAGCGCUGCACCGCUGCCGCCAAAGCCGUGAAGGGCCAGCCCCUCCGUCAGCUCUCGUCGCCGCGCGCCCACCGGAAGUCUGUAGCCGACCGAGCAUUAAUCGUGCCAUGGCUUCUUCCUCCUCUUGUCCCCGAGCUCUGCUCGUCCCUGUGCACCGCUGUAGCUCUGCUGCACCUCUCCGUCACCUUCCCUGAGCUCAUGCGCGUGCACACGCGUCCGCGGCGCCGGCCGCGUGUCCGCGGCGACACUAGCGCGACACAUCCUCGCCCCUCCUUUCCUCAGCAUCGGCCUCCCCUCACUCCCACCUCCCUCCCCAAUCAGUCAGCCGAGCCGGAGGACCUCUCCCCGCUGCCCAUCGCCGCCAUGGCCACCGUCGGGCUCUGCUCAAAUCCGAGCAGCCCCGAGCUCCUCCCCUCCUUCUACCACCACCAGUAG